UGUCAAGUUAUCAGCAGCCGCUGGUGUGACUGGAACACCAAGAAGAAUUUUUAGACCACAUUUAUCACAGAAAGAUUUUGUUUUUCAGCUUUACGUCAUGGCCAGGUAGCUGUGGGAAACAAUGGGGUUUUUCAGACAACUCUUCCUCUUGCUCUGGAAGAAUGUCACAUAUCGCAAAAGGAACAAGAUCCAGUUGGUCAUUGAGAUCUUCUGGCCGCUCUUCCUCUUCUUCAUCCUCAUCGCUGUUCGUCAUUCAAACUCGCCUUACAAACAAGGACAAUGUCACUUCCCAAACAAAGCCUUGCCAUCAGCAGGCACCUUGCCCUGGAUUCAGGGCAUCAUCUGCAACAUCAACAACCCCUGUUUCCACAGCCCAACACCAGGCGAGAUGCCAGGCCAAGUUGGCAACUUUGACGACUCCAUACUGUCGCGUCUUUUUGCGGAUGCUCAGACUCUUCUGUCUUCCACUGCAAACCAGAACGUCUCUGGUUAUCAAGAGAUGAUGAAGAGCAUCCAGCUGCUGGGAGAAAGACUUGAAUCAUUGCCAACUCUUCCAGUGAAAGAAUGCCUGAGACCCAAUCAGACUUUCUCCACCUUUCUCCUGACCAAUACCAGCCUGUCGCCUGCGACCGUGGACCAGCUGAUGAAUGCUCAACUUAACUUCCAGGCUGUGUUUUCCGGAGCUCUGAUGCCACUGAAGGUGCUGGUGUGCAAUGUGAGCGCACUGGAACAGCUGCUAUCUGUAGAUGGAGGUGCAGCCAACAUGACUGAUCUUCAGACUCAGCUGUGUGACCUACCGGCAGACGUCCUGCAGGCGGCUGAGCGCCUUUUCCUCACUCAGCUUGAUUUGGCCCAGUUUUUCACAAGAGACCGUCUAAUGAUAACCAGUGAAGACUUCAUGAUCAUCAGUCAGGCCAUCAGUUCAGUUGCCGAGGAGCUGGCUGUGCUCAUAAAUGAUUUGUCCUCCCUCAACAGUCUUGAAGAAAUGAGUGCAGCUCUUACUUUACUAUCACCUGAAAAUCGAAAUGUUAAACCCAGAGAAAGUUUCAGAGCUUUUUCAACUGUCAUAUGCGGUCAUCCUAAGAUCGGUGGAGAGCGUAUCCCAUCGCUCAACUGGUAUGAAAACAACGACAUCAAGUCUUUCUUGGGCAGAGACGGCACAGAGGAUGUGGAGUACAUCAGUGACAACAACACAACUCCAUUCUGUAGAAAUUUGAUCCAAGGCCUGGAGUCCAACCCCCUGUCUCGCAUUGUAUGGCGAGGAAUCAAACCUCUGUUCACUGGAAAAUUGUUAUACACACCAGAUACGCCGGUGAUACAGCAAGUCAUGAAAGAGGUGAACAAGACUUUUGAGGAUCUGCAGAUUCUCCAGGACCUUAAAGAAGCCUGGUUGGAGGUGGGACCACAAAUCAAGAACUACAUGGAGACCAGUGUGGAGAUUAAACUGCUGCAGGAUUUGCUGAGGCGUCCAGAGAUUGCUGUACUGAUAAACCUGCGUUUGGAAAACACAACCUGGACAGCCUCCCAGAUCGCUCGUUUCCUGUCUACAUCCUCACCAGACACCCCAAGGAAGCCUGGAGCACCACUUACAUGGUUGGACCUCUACAAUGACCUUGACAACACCAUCACCAUUCUUGCACAAGUCACUGAGUGUUUUUCUUUGGACAAACUAGAGGGUUAUGACACAGAGGGUCAACUGAUAGACAGAGCAUUGGAUCUGUUGGAGGACAGGCAGUUUUGGGCAGGUGUGGUUUUCCAGCUGUCUAACACAUCCUCAACUGAGCUACCACCCCAUGUCACCUACAAGAUCCGAAUGGACAUUGAUGAUGUGACCCGGACCAACAAGCUCAAGGACAGGUUUUGGGAUCCUGGGCCUGCUGCUGACCCUUUUAAUGACAUGCGCUACAUUUGGGGCGGCUUCGUCUAUAUUCAGGACCUGGUGGAGAGAGCUGUGAGCACCGUGCUAACUGGAGUCAAACAGACUACUGGCAUCUACAUCCAACAGAUGCCUUACCCCUGUUAUGUGGAUGAUAUUUUUCUUCGUGUGCUGAACCGUUCCCUGCCUCUCUUCAUGACCCUGGCCUGGAUCUACUCCGUAGCUAUGAUCAUCAAGGGUAUGGUGUAUGAAAAGGAGGCAAGGCUGAAGGAAACCAUGAGAAUUAUGGGUCUAAGUACGGGAACGCUGUGGCUCAGUUGGUUCAUCAGCAGCUUAGUUCCUUUCAUGAUUUCUGCUGGGCUUCUUAUCGCUCUGCUCAAGUGGGGUGACAUAUUGCCAUACAGCGACCCAGUCGUUGUCUUCUUUUUCCUCAUGGCCUUUGCCACUGCCACCAUCAUGCAAUGUUUCCUUAUCAGCACUUUCUUCUCCAAGUCCAACCUGGCUGCUGCCUGUGGAGGGCUCAUCUACUUCAGCCUCUACCUGCCUUAUGCACUCUGUGUUGCCUGGAGAGACCACCUCACUUCCACUCACCGACUUAUCGCUAGUGUCUUGUCUCCUGUGGCCUUUGGUUUUGGCUGUGAAUAUUUCACUCAGUAUGAAGAGCAAGGUGUGGGUAUCCAGUGGUUCAACCUGAAGUCCAGCCCUGUAGAAGGAGACUUGUACAACUUCACUAUCUCAAUAACCAUGCUCUACGUGGAUGCCUUUAUCUAUGCCCUUGCAGCCUGGUACAUCGAAGCAGUAUUUCCUGGUGAAUAUGGGAUUCCCAGGCCCUGGUACUUCAUCUUCCAGAUCAACUACUGGGGUGGAGUUCCUCUUGAAGCAGGGAUGCCAAUCCCACCAGCACCCACAGACCAAAAUGAAGAAAACAUGGAGCAAGAUCCCACCAAUAUGACCCUGGGUGUAAACAUCAGAAACCUGGUGAAAAUCUACAAAAAGGGAGGGAAACUUGCUGUCAACCAUCUCAAUCUGAAGUUCUAUGAGGGUCAGAUCACCUCUUUUCUUGGCCACAAUGGAGCUGGCAAAACCACCACCAUCUCUGUCCUGACUGGCCUGUUCCCACCCACCUCUGGGACUGUGUACAUCAAGGGAUUAGACAUUCGUUAUGACAUGGACAUCAUCAGGAAGACUCUGGGAGUUUGUCCACAGCACAAUGUCCUGUUUGACAUACUCACAGUGGAGGAGCAUGUGUGGUUUUAUGGGUGUCUGAAGGGUUUGUCUGAAGAAAUGGUUAAAGCUGAACUUGACACUCUGCUGGAGGAUGUUGGCCUGCUGCACAAGCGGCAUGAUCAGACCAAAAACCUCUCUGGUGGCAUGCAAAGGAAGCUUUCCGUGGCAAUAGCAUUUGUUGGGGGUUCAAAGGUGGUUGUCCUGGAUGAACCCACAGCUGGUGUUGACCCGUACUCCCGCAGAGGGAUCUGGGAUCUGCUGCUGAAAUACCGGAAAGACCGGACCAUCAUCCUGUCUACUCACUACAUGGAUGAGGCAGAGCUCUUAGGUGACCGCAUUGCUAUCAUCUCCAAGGGAAAGCUGUGCUGCUGCGGUUCACCACUCUUUCUGAAAUCUCGGCUCGGAUCUGGCUACUACCUGACUGUUGUGAAGAAAGAAGAAAUUAACACUAGAACUCCCAGUAGCUCUAGUAUCUGCACCAGUACUAGCACCAGCACCAACAAGCUGCCUCCUCUCGUCAAGGACAGCGAGUCAUCUCUGAGUGAAGAUACUGGACUUGGAAGCGAGGAGAGCAGCUCAUGCCUGGCAGCUUUGCUCUCCCUGGUACAGCAACACAUCCCUGGUGCAAGGUUGGUAGAGGAGUCAAAACGAGAAGCCGUGAUCAACCUGCCACAGACAGCUGCCAAGGACAGCAGCCUGGCUGUCUUCCUAUCGAAACUAGACCAGAGGCUUCCUGAGCUGGGCAUCAGCAGCUACGGUCUGUCGGACAGCACAUUGGAGGAAAUCUUUCUGCAAGUGGCAGAGAAAACAGGCGUGGACACUGAACCAGAGCUGCAGGCAGAAUCCACUGAGAACCAGCAGCCAUCGGGGCAGGGAGAUGUGGAGCAACCUACUCAAGAACCAGACACAGGAAGGAAAAGACUUCGUAAACAAGAACCUCAAGAGACAGACCUGCUGAGUGAAAAUGGUCGAGGUGGAACGCCGUUGACAGGCUGGUGGUUGACGUUUCAGCAGCUGAGAGCUCUCUUCAUCAAACGCUGGCUUUAUGCUCGUAGGAGCCGUCGAGGAUUUCUCGCUCAGAUUGUCCUGCCUGCCCUGUUCGUUCUGAUCGCCCUGAUCUUCAGCCUCAUCGUUCCUCCGUUUGGGAAGUACCCUGCCCUUCAGCUGCAGCCCUGGAUGUAUGGAGAGCAGUACACCUUCUUCAGCAUGGAUGUCCCUGGAAACCCAGCCAUGGAGAACCUGCUGGAAGCUCUGCUGGACCGGCCAGGUUUUGGUACCAGUUGCAUGGAAAAAGAGGAAGAGGAGAACAGCACGAGUCCUCAGUGUGAAGGGGAGCGGAGUGGCCAGUUCAUGAGGCCACAGAUAUCUUUCUCCACCUGGCAGAUGUUCAGCAGAGGCAACUGGAGCAGAGAAAGACCCUCACCUGAAUGCCAGUGCAGCACAGACAAGAUCCGCCGGAUGCUCCCUGACUGCCCAGAGGGUGCUGGAGGACUUCCGCCUCCACAGAUUAGAAGGCUAACUGGAGACAUCCUUCAAAAUCUAACAAGCUAUAACAUCUCUGAUUACCUGGUGAAGACCUACUCCCAAAUCCUCAAGAAAAGCCUAAAACAAAAAAAAUGGGUGAAUGAAUUCAGAUACGGAGGUUUCUCUCUGGGGGGCAGUGCCACUGAGAGCGUUUCUCAUGUCCAUCAUCUCCAAGAUUCAGUCAUGUCAGUCAGGACUCGUUACCAAGUCCCACAGAACAGUUCACUGGAUCAUCUGCUAAACAGACUUCCAGAGUUUCUGGAAGGACUACACAGUCAGAACAAUGUCAAGGUGUGGUACAACAACAAGGGCUGGCACUCCAUGGUGUCAUUUGUCAACGUGAUGAAUAACGGGCUCCUGAGGGCCAGCUUGCCGCCAGGUCCAGAGAGGAAGGAACAUGGCAUCACUGCUUACAACCAUCCUCUCAACCUCACCAAGGAGCAGCUCACAGAAAUGGCCAUGAUGACCACAUCAGUGGAUGUUCUGGUGUCCAUCUGUGUGAUCUUUGCCAUGUCCUUUGUGCCGGCCAGUUUCACCCUUUUUUUGAUUGAGGAACGAGCCAGCAAAGCUAAACAUCUGCAGUUUGUCAGCGGGGUCAAACCGAUCCUCUAUUGGCUGGCCAACUUUUCCUGGGACAUGCUGAACUACAGUGUCCCAGCCACCAUGGUGGUGCUGAUUUUCAUCGGUUUCCAGCAGAAGUCGUACGUCUCUGAGACCAACCUGCCUGCUCUUGUCCUGCUCCUCCUGUUCUAUGGGUGGUCAAUAACCCCUCUGAUGUACCCAGCGUCUUUUGUUUUCACCGUCCCAAGCACAGCUUAUGUGGUGCUGACCUCCAUCAACCUUUUCAUUGGGAUCAAUGGCAGCAUUGCCACAUUUGUCCUGGAGCUAUUUAUAGACGAGCACCUGAACAGAAUCAACAAUAUCUUAAAGAAGGUGUUUUUAAUUUUCCCUCAUUUCUGCUUGGGACGAGGACUUAUUGACAUGGCAAAAAACCAGGCCAUAUCUGACGCCUUCCAGAGACUGGGCACCAAACAGACUCCACACCCUCUUCAUUGGGACUUUGUGGGAAAGAAUCUGUUUGCAAUGGCAGUUGAAGGUGUUGUCUUCUUCAUCUUCACCUUACUCCUGCAGUACAGGUUCUUCCUUUACUUCAGGCCAUGGUGGACAAAGCCUCAGCUGCCUCCUCUUGGUCCAGAAGAUGAGGAUGUGGCCAGGGAGCGAGAACGGGUCAAAAGUAACAAAGCCCAGUCAGACAUCCUCACCAUGAUAGACCUGAGCAAGGUUUAUAAAGCAGGCAGAAAGCCAGCGGUGGAUCGUCUUUGCCUCGGGAUUCCUCGCGGUGAGUGUUUUGGCCUUCUUGGUGUAAAUGGAGCAGGGAAGACAUCUACAUUUCGCAUGCUGACUGGAGAUACGCCCAUCACACAUGGAGAGGCUUUCCUCCAUCAUCACAGUGUGCAUACAGAGAUGGAACGAGUCCACCAGCUGAUGGGUUACUGUCCACAGUUUGAUGCCAUCAGUGACUUACUGACUGGCCGGGAACAUCUGGAGAUGUACGCUCGCCUGCGGGGGGUCCCAGAGGAGUCUGUCACCAAGGUGGCGCAGUGGGGUGUGAAGAAGCUUGGGCUGACUCAGUAUUCAGAGCAGGAGGCUGGAGGCUACAGCGGAGGCAAUAAGAGGAAACUUUCCACAGCCAUCUCUCUCAUCGGGGUACCACCAGUUAUAUUCCUGGAUGAGCCCACCACUGGGAUGGACCCAAAAGCCAAAAGGUUUUUGUGGAACUGCAUCCUCAGUGUCACCAGAGAGGGCAGAGCUGUAGUUCUCACCUCCCACAGCAUGGAGGAGUGUGAGGCUCUCUGCCACAGGAUGGCCAUCAUGGUUAAUGGCAGGUUUCAGUGUCUUGGAUCUGUGCAGCACCUUAAGAACAGGUUUGGUGACGGAUACACCAUUAUCCUCCGUUUGGCGGACGCUAAACCCGACCCAGACUCGUGUCCCAUCAACGACUACAUGAGGAAAUCUUUUUCUAGCAUCGAGCUGAAGGAGCAACACCACAACGUACUGCAGUACCAGCUGCCCUCUCACGCCUGCUGCCUGGCUCGUGUUUUUGAUGUGCUGGCCAACAAUUACGAGGAGCUGGGAAUCGUGGACUUUUCGGUCUCACAGACCACACUGGACCAGGUGUUUGUCAGUUUUGCAAAGGAGCAGACGGAUGACGACUGUCUCACAGGUGUUGUCAUCAGCAAUGAGGCAGCGCAACUAAAUCUGCCCACUCGGAUUAACCCUCCCACCAUCCAACCACAGCCAACAGUCACACCUCCUCCACAGAAGAAGUCUCCUCAGCUGCCUGCAAAAUUACCCGAGAACAAUCCAAAAGCAGGUAAAUCAAAAAGGGUCAAAUCCAGCAAGCAGAAGUCUAACGUAGAAAGAAGCAGCGGUAUGACUAUGAGCAGAUUACCCCAGGCAGAGGGGAACAGCCAGGAGGUGUGCAGCAGCGGAUCAAACAGCAGUAACGGUGCUGUUCAGGGGGAAUCCAGUAAAUCUCACAAGUCCAAACACAAAGCAGAGAGCUCCAGCCAAGAUCCCUCCUCACUCUUCGUAGUCGGGACCAACUCACAGGACAGCGCAGUGUGAACUGCACUGGUGUAAGACGAGCUGACCAAAGACAGAGUGAAGGUUUUCAUCACUUCCUUUCUGAAUGUUCCUUUGUUUGCUGCAGUGUUUGCAGCAACCUGACACAGAAGUGAACAGUAGAAAAAAAAUGGACUGAAGUUUGAUUAAGAAAAAAGGUCCUGCCUCAUAACAGCUGUGGUGCCUUGUUCACUUCUUCACACGUUUGUAGCGUUAUACCCUUUAUGUGGCAUCAUCAGAAUAACCAUAUCACUCAUUUUUCCCAAAGAAACGGCGUAUUUAUCCUGAAAGAAUACUAUGCAGAGCUCAGAGUGACAACAUUGAGUUGUGUUCCUCAGGAUUAAAUCAGCAGACCUCUUCCAGAAAGCACUUUAUCAAAGAAAAUGCUGCAAACAUUCAAACAGUAGCUUGUUACAUGUCGUUAUGAAGACAAUUUUAUAAAUAUAUAUAGAGCAUAUUUAAGGGGUUGUUACAUGAUAUACAGUAUUUAUUACCACUGUACUGUUACAUUGUUCUUUUAUAAAUCCAACAUUAAUUGUCUUUUAUUUAUCAGUCUUUUCUAUUUAUUUCUAAAGUUUGUAGUUGUCAUCACUUAAAGUUGGCACUUUAUGCACGAAAAGAGUCAGUUGUUAUAUUUAUUUUAAAUAUACAGUUGCUUUUUGUUUACCAUCGCUACAUACGUCACAUUUUUUAAUCACAAAGGCAUCCUGCAGUUACUGAAAGUUGUGUAAAUCUCAAUUAAUUGUUAAAAUAUAAAACUACUGGAAAAGCUGCACGACUCAGUAUUGUUUUAACAUUACUCUAAAAGAUAUUAUGCCAUACACUCCAAAUAAAAUGAGAGAAAUAACACUGAACAAUUCAAGAUACCAGAUAAAAAAUAUAUUGGUGAACAGCUGUUUAAUUGUAAUAAACUAUUAUUUUCUGUUAAACAAAUUACACGACUGACUGAAUACUGUCCAAAGCAGGCUGUUACAGCAGUGUAAUGCACUGUCACAUACUUAAAGGAUUGUUAGAAAAAUAAAUUUAGGCAUGGCAUGAAAGCACCGAAAACUAUUAAGAGACUUUCAUUCCAAAAUAUAAAGCGAUGUUUAAAAGAUUAAAUGUGAGCAACAGGAUAACCAAAAGGUUAGACGCACACCAUGUAAAAACAAAAACAAAGUGUGUGGUUCUCCCACUCCCUUACACUUUCAAUGUUUGUUUCAGCGACACUUGAAAAUUUAAAUGUGCUGAAAUUAUGCAAAACCUGCAGUUGAAGCUGGAUGUCUCAUUUUGCAAUGAAAGUCUGUUCUACUGAAUGUACUCUUCUACUUGCACAUAAACUGUGUAUCUGCUGUAAGUUGUGCAUCAUCGGGAAAAUAUGACAUAGAAAAAGACUGUAUUGAAUGUCUUAUAAAUGAAAAUAAAAUGUAAUUGAUUUCCAGUAUCAUUUUUAAAACAGUGCUGCAAGCUGUGAGUCCCGUCUGUUGAUGUUUGAUGCAUCACCUCGC